UCGUCAGCUGCCUGAGCGGCGCCAGUACCUUCCCUAGGAGCUCGCAGCAGCCGGCUGGCCCCUGCUUCACGGCCACCAUGUGCGACCGGAAGGCGGUGAUCAAAAAUGCAGACAUGUCGGAAGAGAUGCAACAGGACUCGGUAGAGUGCUUGACCCAGGCGUUGGAGAAGUACAACAUAGAGAAGGAUAUUGCGGCCCAUAUCAAGAAGGAGUUUGACAAGAAGUACAACCCCACCUGGCACUGCAUUGUGGGGCGGAACUUCGGUAGUUAUGUGACACAUGAAACCAAACACUUCAUCUACUUCUACCUGGGUCAGGUGGCCAUUCUUCUGUUCAAAUCUGGUUAAAAGCAUGGACUGUGCCAAA